CCAACUCUUCAGUCUCCUGAUACCCACUAUGGCUUUCCUGAGGGUCCUGUUGUUCCUCGCCGUCGUCGGGGCGUCCUUCGCUGCGCUUCAAAGAGGCCAAGCAAUCCUUCAUCCUGACUAUCCUGGCAGAUGCUUCGUCCCAAGCAUCGGAGCCGCCUUUCCUCCGGGUUCCACUUGGCAGGUGGCCGACAGGUGCGCGGAAAGGACCUGCUUUGAACAAGACGGAGACCUUUUCUUCGAGGAAGUUGGCUGCGGCGUGCCCAUCCCGUCCAACAGCUGCAGAGUCGUGAGUGAUUCCUCCCAGCCUCAUCCGGGAUGCUGCCCGAGGCUGGAGUGUAACUGAACGAAGACCGAAAGGGUGAAAAAAAAAUGAUAAUAUGAUCAAGUGAUGUUUAUUGCAUUUUUUUUGGGGGGUGGGGGGGUGGGGAGGGAUUUUUAUCUUGAUGUUUCGUUUCUAUUUUUGUAUUUGUUCAGUGGUGUAAGAAAGUCUAAUAAGAGGAUUGAUCAAGGUGUUCCUUGUAGUGUGUCAUGAAAUUUUUGUUUGUUUUCUUUGACUCUUGACAUUUUUUUUUUCUGAUUUGUUAAAUAUAGUUUUGGCCUGCCUAUUAA